UCCUCCAGCGGUCCCCGCGAUAUUGCGAAGCAGCUGAAGGACCAGCAGAUGGUUAUGGCUGGCCGCCGUGAGGGCUCGAUGUACAAGGAGCUGAAGCGCGUCGUCCUCACUGCCGCCGCUCUGGGAGGCACCAUCCUCGGUCCUUUGUCCGCCACGGCUGACCGUGUGGGUGCGAUUGGUAGCGGCACGGGUAUCCUCAUGGCCGUUACGAUCGUCUACAGCUGUAGAGCUGUCUUCUCAGCCGAGACUACUUUGAUAGCUCAUCAUAUUGUUCUCUUGCGCAGACUGGGAGAUUGGCAUGCGGGUGCGCCCUGUUUCUACCAGGAUCAUCUAUGA